CCUAAUGAAGUUCAUAAUAAGAUUGUAACUCAAGUAGAUGGGAAAAAAGAAGAGAUUCAUAAUUAUAAAACUAAUGAUGACAUGAAUGUGGACGGUAGUAAUAAUUGUUAUACUAAUGAAACCAACAAAUUGCUACAAGUUCAAGUAAAAGACCAGAUUAAUGCUAGGAAUAUGCCUGUUGUAAAUGUUGAUGGUAAAAAGAAAAAUGAAAUCAUGUCAAAUCAAGUCAAAGAUCAAAUUUGUGUAAGGAUUGUGCCUACUAGUAUAGACAGUGGUCGAAAUACAAAUUUUCAAUAUGAUUGCUGGUUCAGUAAUGAUCCAGCCAAAUGGAUUUUGAAUGAAUCAGAAUUUGAGUAUUAUUCUAAAAAUCAAGUAACGACAAAUUUGGUAGACAUCCAAUUUAACAAAACUUUCCGAAGAAUUGGUAAAUAUAAUAGGAAAUUGCCACGUGAAGCGUUUUUCAGAAAAUCACUAAAUGGUGAAUUCAAACAUCGUAAUUGGCUUUUAUACUCUCGUUCUCAAAAUUCACUAUUUUGUUUCUAUUGUUUACUUUUUGCUCAGAGAAAAACUAAAUUUAGUCGUCCAGGAUCUGGAUAUAUUGAUUGGAAAAAUUGUUUAUUGGAUGUCAAUAACCAUGAAAAAUGUAUUAAGCAUACUGAAUCAGUUCGUAAAUGGCAUUCUAGGCAGCUUGAUAACCAAUACUGUAUAGGCAAAUCUCUUAAAAUAGAAAUUAAUAAAGAAGAAGAGUAUUGGACAAAAUUACUUCAUCGAUUAAUUGAAACAAUAUCAUUUUUAGCUACUAGAGGUCUAGCAUUUAGAGGAGACAAUGAAAAAAUUGGUUCCAAAUUUAAUGGAAAUUAUCUAGGCUGUCUCGAACUCCGAUCAAAGUUUGAUCCAUUUCUCACUAAUCACAUUGAUAAAUACUCUAAUAGAGGUCGUGGAAAUGUAUCUUAUUUAUCAAGUAGAAUAUGUGAUGAAUUUAUUGACCUUAUGAGUAAAACUGUGUUACAAUGUAUUGUUAAAGAAAUAAAAAUUACCAAAUACUUUUCAAUAAUUGUUGACUCAACACCAGAUGUUACAAAGGUAGACCAAUUAACUGUGGCAGUACGAUACAUUUACAAAUAUGGUUUACCUGUAGAGAGAUUUAUAGGGUUUAUUCCUUCAGUUGGUCACAAAGCAAAAGAAAUGGAAUUGGAACUAUUGAAAAUGUUUAAAACUUGGACAUUGAUAUGA